AUGUUAACUUCAGCAGAGGGGACUUCUGCGGCCUCGAACCAGAUCGUCCAACAACCGAGUCACCUCUUAUCAACUGCAACCAACGAAUUUCCUGCUACGUGCAAUGCAAGCAAUGACAGUAGCAGUAACACCAGUAACUCUCGCAACAGUAACAAUGGCGGUAGCCCGACAUCUGCAACAAUACGAUUGCUGGAUCGAUCGGCUCCGGUAGUAUCAUCAUACCCCUGUGGCUAUCAUCUUCUCAAAGAUACCGUUAACCAACAGAAUCAUGUUGAGUCAUUUUUGGAGCGGAUUGUUGCCAGCAGCGAUGUCACAUUUUUAUGA